AUUAAGUUGAAAGAGCGAUACCCUAUUCACUGGACCAUUAAAAGUAGCAGAUAAGUGAGCCGUGGGUACGUAUGGAAGACUCUUUGUUCUAGUGACUCUAGGGUUACAAAAAAUUAACAGAAAGUAAUCUUUCUAGCUUGAAAAUAACUUCUAAUAAUUUAGUAAUAAUAAUUGAAUGACGAAAUUAUUCUAAGAGAAAAAUCAUUGCUUAUUACCUACUUAGAGGUGAUGGCAACAUACCGGUUCACUGACGAUUCUGAGGUAACAAUUAAUUCCAAUGUUUCCUAUUUUCUCGGUUAAAAAUAUAAUUUAUUCUAUAAGAAUUACAUCAUAAGAUUACAUAUAACUUUAAUAGUGAAAGUUAUAAUCCUAAGUCAGUUUUAUAGUAAAACUUACGGGUGAUGGUCUUUUAAACAUUCAGUUACUAAGUAAAUCAUGGAGAAAACCUCAUUUUUCUUUUUGCUUCUGGUAUCAUGUGGAAGCGCUUCCAUUAUUGUACCUCAGGAGAUAUCAACUUUAAUAGACUUUAUAUUAAAAUUUUUACCACCCUUCAAAAAAGCAACAGAAGAAUCGCGUAUUGGUUUCGGCUUUGCAUAUGGCAACCACGCGGAUUUUCAAACAGUUGUACAGUUUGGCCCUGAUAAGGAGAAAAAGGAUGAUUUUUCAACAACGAAGAGACGAGCGACCGAUGAGGUAAAAAAAAGAAAAUCACUUAAACUUGCAUCCAGGGAAACAUCUAUAAAGCGUUAAAUUGAGAAGUAUCAUGUAUCUGUUUUGUAUGUAA